CAGCAGUUCAGCACCAAAACUUGCCCCCAACGCCGAAUAUAUACCCCCAGCAGGGAAAUCAUUAUCAUAUCAUAAACCCUAAAAAGAUCCAUUAAACCCCCCUUCUGUGAACCUAUCUAGUUUCUUCAACUGCAAGUUUUCUCUCCUCUCUUUUUGAAUGGUAUCCAUGGAUGAUGAACAGCAACUUACUGACAUUACCCAAGAUAAUGUUAAAAUUUCGUUCUGUGAAGAAUGCAAUUCAAAGGAAUCCAAGUACAAAUGCCCAGCUUGUUCUCGCCGCACUUGCAGUCUUCCGUGUGUCAAUGCCCACAAGAAAACAACUGGCUGUACUGGCAAAAGAAAUUUUACUCAGAUCAUCCCAAAGUCUCAAUUCAAUGAUUCUACUCUUCUUUCUGAUUAUCAUUUGUUGGAGGAUGUCAAAAGGUUAGCAGAAUCUGCCCAGAGAACGCGAGUUAAACUAUGUGGGUCUCAUCCCCAUUUUAGGCUUCCUUUCCAUCUUAAGGCCCUCCAAAGUUGUGCAGCGAGUAAAGGGACAAAGCUUUUGUUUCUUCCAUAUGGGAUGACCAAGAGGGAGAAAAAUCAAACUAGGUAUAAUCAAAGGAAGAAAUUUAUUUCUUGGACAAUUGAAUGGCGAUUUCAUUUAACGGAUGUUGUUUUGCUUGAACAUGGGGUUCAUGAAAACAGUACAUUGCGCUCUGUUAUUGACAAGCAUCUACAACCUUCCCCAUGGAGAAAUAAAUUGAGAAGAUUCUGUGAAGAUCCUCUGGAUAAUGUCAAAUAUUUUAUCCGUGAAAAUGACAAGGGCACCAAAGCACCAUACCGUGAGCUAGAUCUGGAUGCUCCAUUGCAUCACUUGCUCGGUGGUUUAGUGAUAUUAGAAUAUCCAGUUAUACAUGUUUUCCUCGAGUCUGACAAGUAUGAUUUUGAAGUUGUAAAAGACGUUAGGCCACUUCCACGUAUGCAGGACUGCAAGAAAGCUGACGGGGAUGAUAUCGUAAGUCCAGUGGGCGUGAGGCUCAAAGAGGAAGAGAUUAUAGAAGAUGAAGGGGGUUCCGAACCUCGUAUAAUAGAUCUUCUGAAGUCCCCGCGGGUGGAUGCAUACAUGCCGAAUUCAGUUAGUGGUGAAAGCGCUGAAGAUUUUCCCUUUAGGUUUGAAGAUAGAGUCGAGAUGUUGGAUGCCAACAUUGAUGUCAAAUUUGACCAAGAAUUGAUUGAUUCAUAUUCUUCGCUUAUGAAGAUUAAUACAGAUGUAUACUUUGCAGAUUUGGAUGAAUUGGAGGAAGGAGAGAUUCCCCCCAACUCUGAUUAGUCUGUAUAACUGUAUUCUAUAGUAAUUUAAUUCAUAUGUAUCAUUUCCUUCCA